CCAUCUUAAAUAAAAUCAUCGCUCUUCAAUCUUUCUCUCUCUUUCGCUUUUUCACUUCCUGUUACAGAGACACACAACGAAACCACUUACAAUUUCGAUUCUCCGUUCAAAUGUGGAGUCUUCGUCUAGAUACUGACUUCGUAGAGCUCCUUUCUCUGCCCUAAAACUGUAAUCUGCUGCUUUCUCCGCAAUCUCACAUACAGAUUCCGUCUCCUAUUCAUGUCUUCUACCUUCAGUCCUUCCCGGAACAGCCACGGCAGUUCCCGGUUUCCGCUCUACCAGCUCUCCGCCUAUGGUAGCGCGUCUCGUCUGAGAUCUUCUUCUAUUAAGAAGCCUCCCGAGCCCCUUCGCCAUGCCAUCGCUGAUUGCCUCUCCUCCGCUGCUGCAGCUGCCGUCUCCACCUCACACCAUGGGAAUCCUUCGGUCUCUGUCACUGAAGCUUCUAGAACUCUUCGCGAUUAUCUUGCAUCACCUGCAACAACUGACCUGGCUUAUACUGUAAUUUUAGAACAUACAAUUGCUGAAAGGGAGCGCAGCCCACAAGUUGUUGCAAGGUGUGUCGCACUUUUAAAGCGGUACCUUCUACGAUAUAAACCAAGCGAAGAGACAUUGCUUCAGAUUGAUCGGUUUUGUGUGUGCACAAUUGCUGAGUGUGAUGCAAGUCCAAAUAAAUGGCUGUCACCAUGGUCACGUUCUCUGAAUCAACAAUCCGUUGUGUCAGCAGCUUCUACAAAUUCUUCACCUUCUUUGCCUGUAUCUAGUUUUGCUUCGGGGGCACUUGUAAAGUCAUUAAAUUAUGUGCGUUCUCUAGUGGCUAAAUAUGUCCCCAAGCGGUCAUUCCAACCAGCAGCUUUUGCUGGAGCUCCCUCUGCAUCAAGACAGUCGCUUCCAUCACUGUCAUCUUUGUUGAGUAGAUCCUUUAAUUCCCAAUUAAACCCUGCUAAUGGCGGGGAAUCUUCAGAGAAGAAAGAUGCUAUCACCUUACCUGUUUCAAACUUAUCAAAUAUGGAAAAAGUUGACGCAGGGGAAGAUCUGAAUUAUAUUGCUGCUGAUGUUUUGAAGUGGUAUUGGGUUGGGGAACAUUCGCUGUCAUUUCUUUCUGCUGAAAAUGGCCGUGCUGUGGACCUCCAAGAUAUGGGCAUACGAAAUUUUCUAGAAUUAGGUGCUGCAGCUCUGCUCGUGGGAGACAUGGAAGCGAAAAUGAAGGGUCAGCCUUGGAAAUAUUUUGGAACUACAGAUAUGCCUUAUCUUGAUCAACUGUUGCAGCCCUCAUCAUUUACGACAAUCACUAAUUCAGCCUCUGCUCGUCCUCAUUUGAGAGCAAUAACAGCAUCUAAACGCAGUAAAUCAGGACCUCGCCAAAUUUGGAAGGAUUCUCCUGCAAGCACAUUUCGCACACGUGCUCGACCACUUUUCCAGUAUCGCCACUAUAGUGAACAGCAACCACUACGACUGAAUCCUGCUGAGGUAUGUGAGGUUAUUGCUGCUGUUAGCUCAGAGACAUAUUCUCCGGGUGCUAAUAACUUCACCUUAACAUCUAGACUAAGUAAUAACAGUGGGAAGCCAUCAAUGGAUGUGGCUGUGAGCGUCCUUAUCAAACUUGUCAUUGACAUGUAUGUAUUGGACUCUGGGACUGCUGCUCCCCUCACUCUGUCCAUGCUUGAGGAAAUGCUUAGUUCUCCAAAAGCAACUUGUAGGGUUCGUGCUUUUGAUUUGAUUCUGAACCUUGGUGUCCAUGGUCAUCUACUGGAACCAAUGAUGGUGGAUGACUCUUCUACAAUUAAAGAAGAGUAUUCACAGGAGGCAUUUGCUGAUACCGAUGAGCAACUUGCAGCACAGGAGAAUAGGAAAGCAGAUUCUACUAACAAGUUGGGCUCUUUGUCAGCUAUUGAUAACUUUGAAUCUUGGAUUUUAAACAUUUUGUAUGAGAUACUUCUUCUUCUUGUCCAGACACAAGAGAAGGAAGAAUCCGUCUGGGCAUCUGCUUUGAGCUGUUUACUUUAUUUUGUUUGUGAUAGAGGCAAAAUCCUUAGAAAACGGUUGGAAGGUCUUGACAUAAGGGUUAUUAAGAGAAUUGUAGAGAUUAGCAGGAUAAAUUCUUGGGCAGAAUUAGUUCAUAGCAGGCUUAUUUGCAUGUUAACAAAUAUGUGUUAUCAAGUUCCUGAUGAGCCAACACUAGAUGUUUCAAAGGCACCGGUUUUUCUCAUAGACCAGGUUGACCUGAUUGGAGGAAUUGAGUUCUUUUUCUAUGAGUAUUCUCUUUCUUCCUUGAGAGAAGACAGGAGAAAUCUAUAUUUGGUUCUUUUUGACUAUGCUUUGCAUCAAAUAAAUGAAGCAUGUAUAGCUACUGGAGUUUCUGAAUAUAGUGAUGAUGAGAUUCAACUUCUAUCAGCCCUGCUUUCUCUUGCUGGUGCACCUGAAGCUUUUUAUAUUUCUGUUAAACUUGGAGUAGAAGGCAUUGGGGAGCUUCUGAGAAGAUCAGUUUCUGCUGCUUUGUCUAGAUAUUCCAACAAUGAACGACUAAAUAUGCUCUUAGAGAAUAUCACAGAGAGAUUGGAUGCAAUAAUUGCAUCUUUUACUCAUUUGGACAAAGAGUUUUCCCAUCUAAUGCAGAUGUCAAAAUCUUACAAGUUCCUAGAAAGCAUUGGGAAUGCAGGCUUAAGAAAUAGUGUUAUCAUGAAAGCAAAGCUUGCAUGGGCCACUUUGCAUUCCCUUCUUCAUUCAGAAAGAGUUGCUUACCGCCAGAAUGGCUAUACCUGGUUAGGUGAUCUACUUAUUAUGGAAAUUACUGAUGGAAGGGAUGAGAGCAUAUGGUCGAAUAUCAAAAACUUGCAGCAUAUAAUUGCCCGUGCUAGUGUUCAUGAUUCUUCAGACGCGUCAGAUGUUCCUUUGUCCAUUUGGCUUAUGUGUGGACUUCUGAAGUCCAAGGACUACGUCAUCAGAUGGGGUUUCCUAUUUGUCCUAGAGAGGCUUCUCAUGCGAUGUAAAUUUUUAUUGGAUGAGAAUGAAAUGCAACAGUUAAACAGCGGCAGUUCUGGUCAUGGACAUUUGGAUAACCGGCUUGAGAAAGCCAAUGCAGUGAUAGACAUUAUGAGCAGUGCCUUAUCUUUGGUAGCCCAAAUAAAUGAAACAGAUCGCAUAAACAUUUUGAAGAUGUGUGACAUACUAUUCUCUCAGUUGUGCCUGAAAGUUCUACCGUCAACUGUGAUGCCAUAUGGAGAAAAUACCCAACAAGGUACAGUUUAUGGGGGCACAGUAGCUGAGGUUAAACAAAUUGAUGGUGCUGAGCGGGUCUCUCAGCAAGAAAAUAGUUCCCAGAUUGAAUUUGAGGAAACUGAUGGCAGGUCCAGCUACAGCAUUAAUAAUCCUCUGAAGUGUGAGAUGGCUUCAAUGGCAGCCAUGCUUCUGAAAGGACAGGCUAUUGUUCCUAUGCAAUUAGUUACACGUGUUCCUGCUGUAUUGUUCUAUUGGCCAUUGAUUCAGCUUGCUGGCGCAGCAGCAGACAAUAUUUCACUGGGUGUUGCCGUUGGUAGCAAAGGAAGAGGAAACCUUCCUGGUGCUGCAUCAGAUAUUAGGGCCACUCUUUUAUUGCUUCUAAUUGGUAAAUGCACAGCAGACCCUUCUGCAUUUCAAGAAGUUGGUGGAGAACAGUUCUUUAGGGAACUUUUAGAUGAUACAGAUUCAAGGGUAGCGUAUUACUCUUCUGCUUUUCUUUUGAAGAGAAUGAUGACAGAAAAACCUGAUGAGUACCAACACAUGCUUCAGAAUCUUGUCUUCAAAGCACAACAGGACCUUGUCUCAUUUUUGUGGUGCUAUUAUAGUUCUUCUUAUGGGAUAGCACUGAUGAAUAUCACUUACCUUUUUGCUCGUGCUUCUGCUGUUCAGAGCAACAAUGAAAAGCUGUUGGAAAAUCCAUACCUUCAGAUGCGUGGGAUACUCCAGUUAUCAAAUGAUGGGCUAUAAUCUAGUGACCCCCAUGCAAUUUUAUUGCUUCUAAUCUUGGAGAGACUGCAGUCGUGCAUAACUUGCUGUUCUUUGUUCAACAGUCAUGGUCUUCCACCUGGCAACAUUUGACCGAGUUCUGAAAAUCCAUAAUUGGAUUGUACUUAUUUUUUAGGCAUAAGUUGAAAAGCUACUCUGAUUCAUGGAGUACUUCAGCAAGGCAAAAUUUUUUUAUUGAAGUAGCCGCAGGUUCCUAGACCUCCUCUUCCCAAAUGAAAUAUAAGAAGGCUGAUUACACAAAAUUGAAAUUCGUACGAGUUGGACAUCCAUUGUGCUUUAUAUAUAUGCACAUACUAGAUGAGACUCCUCUUCAGUUUUUUUCACCUUGACAACUAGGAAAACAGUGAGUUUGAUGCUGCUGCUUAUAGUCAUAUCUGCUGUUGGGAACUUCUUCACACAAUCAUGCAUUGACGUCAUACGGAGAUUGUUAUCUGGAGACUGGAGACCUUUUGCUAAACCCAGACUACAAAUUCAAGAAAAUUUUUGGAGUAAUUAUAUUCAUUGGUUGGCCAUCCAUUUUGCCUCUUGUUCAGAUUCUGAGAUUUAACAUAUCCUCAGGUUCAGUAAAUCUGUGUGCAUUUUGCCUACAGAAGAUUUUCCCGGCAAUAUCAGGAGAAUCCUUGUUUUUGUCUGUACAGAAUUGUUUCUUCUUGGCCAUUCAUUUCCCUUUUUUUUUAAUAUUCCAGAAGUUAACAUUAGUGCUGGCUUCAUUUUUAAACAGCCAUCCUCGCAUAAUAAAAACUGUGAGUUCUUUCCAACUCUUGAGGUUUAUUAACUUAAUUGUGAGAAGAACACACCUAGGAUUUUGUAUGCUGAGAAAAGUGGGCUUAAGGCGAUCGAAGCAGGCUUGGUUCACAAGGCUCUGUUACGUUUUGGUGAGGUCUGUGACUAAAGACAUCUUCAUAAGUCCACUGAUAUGUUUUAUUGGAAUAUGUAAAUAUGUAAUUUCAUAUUAUUUCUGUAGCAAGUGCGAUUGUUGUAAGAAAUUAUCUUAUUCUUGUUUUGACUAGAAAUGUGUGAGCUGAUUUAAAUAAAUAGAAAAUUUUGGUCA